AGCAGGGGCAGGAAAUCCCCUAGAUCCCUAGUGGUGGAGUCACUCUCUCUGGACAUUGUGGUGUUACCUGCCCCAGCUGGUGUCACGGGGCUGGAGCAAGACCCAGAGCUGGAUGUUUCUGGAUCCCCCAGGCUUAGCUCCACAGCCCUCAAGUCCUGUCUGACUUCCAUGUGCCGUGCACAAACAGGGCAACCUCCUGCCCAUCCAUGGCCAAUUCACCGGAAUCCCCCCACCCCCGGCUCUGUGUGCAGCUGAGCCUUAGUGAAGAAGCAGGGCAGGCAUUGAUCUCAGCUGGAGCCUCAAGGGGCUGUUGCACUAGCAGCAUUUCAGUGGGGCCCACCCCGGUGACCAAUCACAGUGCCUGGUGUACAGUGUAGCCCAUCCCGGGCCCAUGGCCAGUGAAGCUAAGGACCACAUGGUGGAGAUGAGUUGCAAGGGGCCAGCCCCGUUCUCUAGCUUGUUUUGCUGUUCAGGUGUUAGCUCCUCCAGUAUCCUGACCUCAGCAAUGAGCUGGAAGAUGCCAUCCUGGACCAGAUGAGCAGGCAGCUGAGAGACCCCAAUACUGUGAUGCGCUGGUUGGUGCUCAAAGGCCUCCUCAACCUGGCCCUUCAUCCAGAGAAGGCUCUGCACAACCACUAUUCGCGGAGCCUGGACACCAUCCUCAGGGGCCGGUUGACAGAGACCCCCACCAUGGACAAGCUGCAGCACCUCCUGGAGCACGUCCAUCCCUCUCUCCAGUCGAAAAACACCCAGGAGACAGCCAGGGCCGUACAGACCAGCACUGCCCUGCUCAAAUUCGCCACCUCCCUGCCUGUAUUUGACACCUCCUCCGCCUUCUCCAAGGCAGGCGAAUUCGUGCUGCAGCUGGGUCUCUAUAUCUCUCACCCAGCCGAUGAUAUCAGCCGGCAAGCCAGGGGUGGGAUAUAUUGGCUUCACUGGCUCCUGCUUCAGAAGAGGGGGCUCAACACCAGAGAGGCACCAGAGCUGUGGUGCCGGGUUGGGCUCCACGAUCCCAAGCAUCUGGGGUACAGAAACCUGGCCAGGGUGGGAGAGGUCUUUGGCGAGCUGUUCAUGGAGGACCAGAAAAUAUCUUUCCUCCAGGCGGGGCUGCUGGCCAUCCACCUCUCCCUGCUCUAUGUCAGCCAGCUGCUAGAGGACGAGGGGGACAUUACAGCCAACGUCAUGGUACAACUAUUUAACAUCAGGUGCUUGCGCCAGGUCCCCAAAGCCCUGCAGGGGCUGUGCUCUGUGGGGCAGCACUGAAGACCUCCACCCCGCCUUCGCAUGACCAGCUCCCACCCCCUGCCGCAGUUUCUGUACCUCUGGCUGCAACCUACAGACCUUUGCACGCAGGAUCAGAGGGAUGUGUGCUGGGUAGAGCCCAGUCACUGGAGCCGCCAGCUGCCCCCGCUCCGCUAAAAGCCAGCCUCCCUCCUUUGGGGCUUCGUGCACCACAGCCUGCCUGAGCAGGGUGAAACACUUGGUGACUAUGGGGGGAGGCUCUUCCCACCACCCCAGACCCUGGCUUCUUCCCCAUAUGCAAUGUCAUCAAGACAACAUAAGGGCAGAAGAAGGAAACUCUGUGAUACAGCCUUCAACCAAGUGUCCCUGAAUGAUGAAAUUAUUGAAAGGCCCUGGCUCAUAUACUCACCAUCACCUGGCUGUGUCUUCUGUCAGCUCCUGUGCGCCAGAGAGCUCCCACAGCUCACACUGAACCAGGGACGAAGGGGGCAGGAGGUUGGAAGAGAAGGCACCAGCCUGGGACCCAGGAGACCCAUGGCCAUUUCCCAGCUCUGCCACAGAUGUUCUGCGUGGCCUCGG